UAACGUUUAAAGCCAGAGGCCACAGCGCGUCACAUUUGCCUCAAAACCAUAACAAAGUCUGGAAAAGGCCACUUCCCUUUCCCCCCUGCAACGUCCUAUUCUCCCUUCCCUUCCAGGCUUCCAUUACUAUAAAACAAACAUCCCAAUCUCUCUCUCUCUCUCUCUCUCUCUCUCUAUCCUCUCUCUCCAAGCAAAAGAUGUUACCGAGAGUUGACGGCAUGAUGUGGAUGCAAGACACUGGAGAAGACCAAGAACCACCUUCAUGGCCUCAAAACAACACCAACAUCAAUGACGAAAUGGGUUCACUCUCUACAUACAAAUCAAUGCUCGGAGUCCAGGACGAAGAAGAAGACCAAGAAUGGUACAUUCAUAGCAGCAACAACAACAGCAACAUCAAUUUCCCAUCGAAUUUCGCCACAGAAGCCGAAAACAACAACCUCUUGCUGCACUCAGUGGGGUCCUCCUCCUCUUGCUCCCCGUCCUCGGCUUCUGUCUUCCAAGACCACCACUACUUCCUAAACCCACCUCCCAAACCCACCAUCCCUUCACUCCUCAACAACCCACUAGACAACAGCUUCGACAUGGGUUUUCUCGAUUCCCAACUGAACAACAGGGUUCUGACUGGGUUCAACGAUUUAACCUCACAAACCCAGAUGGGUAUUUCCAAUUUAGCCUCAGAUCCUCAGUUUUCAACUACCCAUUUACUCCAACUGGCUGAAAACAAGUCCAUGGCUGGUUUCAGUUCACUAGGGUUUCAGGGUUUCCAUGAGAAUUCUUUGUUUCUUAACAGGUCCAAGGUACUGAAGCCACUUGAUAACUUUGCCUCAAUUGGAGAACAGCCCACGUUGUUUCAGAAAAGAGUGCGUAAGAACUUGGAAACUAAUGGGAGUAAUUUGGGGGUUUUGGGUAGUGAAGGAGGAGGUGAGUUGUUGAGGAAUGGUGAGGGGUAUAAUGGGAACAUGGAUGUGAGUGAGAAGAAGAGGACGCUUAUUAGUAUGGAGGAUGUUGAUGAGUUUAGCAUUGAUGGGUCUGGGUUGAAUUAUGAUUCUGAUGAGUUUUUGGAGAGUUGUAAGGGGGACGAGAGUGGGAGAAAUGGUGGGAAUAGCUCUAAUGGGAAUAGUACUGUGACGGGGGGAGAUCAGAAGGGGAAGAAGAAGGGGCUGCCGGCGAAGAAUCUGAUGGCGGAGCGCCGCCGCCGGAAGAAGCUCAAUGAUAGGCUUUACAUGCUGAGGUCUGUUGUUCCGAAGAUUAGCAAGAUGGAUAGGGCUUCAAUUCUUGGGGAUGCUAUUGAAUACUUGAAGGAACUUCUGCAAAAGAUCAAUGAUCUCCACAAUGAACUGGAAUCAAACCCGCCUGGCUCUUCGUUGACGCCCACCACCACUAGCUUCUACCCCUUGACACCCACCCCACCUUCCCUCCCCUGCCGCAUCAAGGAAGAGCUUUGCCCAAGUUCAUUGCCAAGCCCAAAUGGACAGCCUGCAAGGGUGGAAGUAAGGUUGAGAGAAGGAAGGGCUGUUAACAUCCACAUGUUUUGUAGCCGCAGACCAGGUCUCUUGCUGUCAACUAUGAGGGCCUUGGAUAAUCUAGGGCUAGACAUCCAACAAGCUGUUAUCAGCUGCUUCAAUGGGUUCGCAUUGGAUAUCUUCAGAGCUGAGCAAUGCAGAGAAGGCCAAGAUGUCCAUCCAGACCAAAUCAAAGCAGUACUGUUGGAUUCAGCUGGCUUCCUGGCAUGAUGUAGAUUUCUUCUUCAGUCAUAUCAGAUUUGCAGCUUGGCUUGUGGAUCGCAUUGUUUUUCCAACGAAAUGACUUUUGCAGUUUUAGGCUCUUUCUCAUCUCAACCGUGUCUACCAUGCAACCUACAAAACGCAAGUUGCCUUCUGCUUAAAUCAUAGAAAACCUGUUUUAGUUUUCGAAUAAACCUCUUCUUCAAUUAUUAUGUUAUUCGGGAGUUGGACUAACUGCAUUUAGGUUUAACCGCAACUGUCUUGACAUUGUUUUUCAUGGGUUUUUGGAAUGAUAUCCCUUCUGAGUUCAAUGA